CCUACUGAAAGAAAGAAUGGAUUGGCAAACUUUUCCAUAGGAAAACUGAAGAAGCAGCACCACCAUUUUUUGUGAAAACGAAACCAAAAAUCACAUGCCACCGCUAGCCAGCUUCUCCUUGAUUCCCAGUUCAAACCCAUUAUAAAUUCCCUCAAAUUAACCUAAUUCUCUGCUCCCCACUGACCCCAUCAGACGUAAACAAGAAAAUUUUUGGUGGGUUUCAUAAAUAAUAUUCAACCCCAGUUUCCAAAGCCUCCCUCUCUCUCUCUAAAAUCCACCGUUCUUGAGUUUUUCGCACGCAGCCUUAAGAUUGUCGCCAUCCCAUUUGAUCCCUUUAUAAUAUUCCAUUUCAAAAAUAGUUUUUUUCUCUGUUUCUGUUCAUGGGUCGGUCUGUUUGAUCGCUUUUUUUAAAAGGGUUUUUGUUGGGUUCAAAAGUCGUAGCCUUCUUGUCCCUUUGGAGUCGUGAAAGCCAGUUCGUUUCACGGCUCUUGAGUUUUGUGAUCUGUUUUUUAAGAUUUUUUCUUUGCUUUGCUGAUCUGAUUGCUCGAACCCAGAAGGUCGAUCGUUGAUUUGUGGUGUUUUUUUCGUUGGAAGUUUGUGAAACCCAGUUGGAUUUUUGCUUAUAAACAAGUGAAUUUUUCGACCAUGAUCUGCGCUGUGAAACAAUCUCCUAGGGCUGUUAAUUGCUCUGAUGGGUUCAUUCGGAGAAAAAUCUCGGUCCCCUCUCAGCGAUCCUCGUUUCUUCCUCCUCUACCGGUGCAAAAACCUGCUCGAAAUUCCGCUGUUUCCGUUCAGAAGGCUUUACACGUUUCUUCGCUUGAGAAUUUUGGAUCACUGGGAGUUCGUAAAGCUAAUUUGAUCAAAUGCGAAGCUUACGAGGCCGAGCGAUCGCAGCCGAUCGAAUCGAGCAUUGAGUUGCCGCAGAGUCAGGUCCCUUCCGAGGCCGCGAAGAAGGUGAAAAUAGGAUCGUAUUUCGCUCUCUGGUGGGCUUUGAACGUCGUCUUCAAUAUCUACAACAAGAAAGUUCUGAACGCGUAUCCAUAUCCAUGGCUGACCUCGACCCUGUCGCUUGCCGCUGGAUCUCUGAUCAUGUUGAUCUCGUGGAUGACGAAAAUUGCUGAGGCGCCCAAAACCGAUUUCGAUUUUUGGAAGUCUUUGUUUCCUGUUGCUGUUGCCCAUACAAUUGGACAUGUUGCUGCAACUGUGAGCAUGUCAAAGGUUGCAGUUUCAUUCACUCACAUCAUCAAGAGUGGCGAGCCUGCUUUUAGCGUAUUGGUUUCAAGGUUCUUGUUGGGCGAGACCUUCCCGCUUCCUGUCUACUUGUCGCUUCUCCCAAUUAUCGGCGGGUGCGCUCUCGCUGCUGUCACCGAGCUCAACUUUAACAUGAUUGGUUUCAUGGGGGCCAUGAUAUCGAACUUGGCAUUUGUAUUCCGUAACAUAUUCUCGAAGAGAGGCAUGAAGGGAAAAUCUGUUAGCGGGAUGAACUACUAUGCAUGUUUAUCGAUUUUGUCUUUGUUAAUCCUGACGCCAUUUGCAUUUGCUGUGGAGGGACCACAGUUAUGGGCUGCUGGGUGGCAAACGGCAGUAUCUCAAAUUGGACCUCAUUUUGUUUGGUGGGUUGCAGCACAAAGUAUAUUCUACCAUCUCUAUAACCAGGUGUCUUACAUGUCCUUGGAUGAGAUUUCUCCCUUGACGUUUAGCAUCGGAAACACCAUGAAACGUAUAUCGGUCAUAGUUUCUUCCAUCAUCAUCUUCCGCACACCUGUGCAGCCUGUCAACGCUCUUGGAGCUGCCAUUGCAGUUCUCGGAACCUUUAUAUAUUCGCAGGCAAAGCAAUGAAAUGAGGAGAGAAAAGCAACGAACUACGAACCACGUACUUAGGUCUAUGAUAAUGUAACAUUAAUGUAUCGGCGAGGGUGGUGUGUCCCAUAUUACUCUCGAGGCAAGGAAAAAACAAAAAAACGAAGGCGAAGAAAGAGCCAAAGAGGCGGUUUCGGUACAUCUAAGACUGAACAUUUUUAUUGUAAUGAAAACAGGAGGAAGCUGUCUUGUUGUAGAUAGAAUAAAUAAUGUUUAGGUUGAUAAGUUUUCUACAUAGGUGGGGUAAGUCAAGUUUUUUUUUUUUUUUAAUUUAAAAAGUUAUUAAGCAUUUUGGAGGUUCUUUGUUUUAGAAGAUGAGAUGAGGGGAAGAGAAUGGAAAGAGGGAAAUGAUUUGAAUAGGGAAUAAUGACAGGAGAACAUCUUGUCUUUGUCUGGGUUGCCUAUUUGAUUAUGAAUCAUAAAUUACAAUGUGGACCUCUCUGCUUUUGCCUUAAAGUUUCACAUGGUGAGAAAGUUGAGGUGGUU